AGCAGCCCACACCAGUAGUGUAGUGAGGCUGGCCACUCUGGGUGAGAGUCAUCUAUCACUGACUGACUCAGUGCUCCAUGGCAUGGCAGGCAGCACGCUGAAGCAGGACUGUUUCUGUGUACGGGACGAUACUUUGCAAGCUGCUUUCUCAUUCUGAAGGACAUUUUAAGAAAGGGUUCAAAGUCAGCGGUGGUCGGGCGACACCCCCCCUGUUGUCCCUGGCACCAUGAGCUCCUGGGUGGUGAACAGGAACGGAGAGCCGCAGUACUGCCGCCACUUCCUCAACGACAACAGCGUCUUCCACGUGGAGCGAUGCAUGAGCGUGAUGCAGUCGGGGACCCAGAUGGUGAAGCUGAAGGCCGGCUCCAAGGGGCUGCUGCGGCUCUUCUACCUGGACGAGCACCGCUCCUGCAUCCGCUGGAAGCCCUCCAGGAAGAGCGAGAAGGCCAAGAUCACCAUUGAUUCGCUGUACAAAGUGACGGAGGGCCAUCAGUCGGACAUCUUCCACCGGCACGCGGAGGGGGGCUUCGAGCCAGCCUGCUGCUUCACGGUGUACCACGGGAACCACAUGGAGUCCCUGGACCUGGUCACCUCCAACGCAGACGAGGCCCGCACCUGGGUGACCGGCCUGCGCUACCUGAUGGCCGGCAUCAGCGACGAGGACUCCCUGGCAAGACGGCAACGCACCCACGACCAGUGGAUGAAGCAGACGUUCGAGGAAGCGGACAAGAACGGAGACGGCCUCCUGAACAUCGAGGAGAUCUACCAGCUGCUCCACAAGCUCAACGUCAACCUGCCGCGCAGGAAGGUGAAGCAGAUGUUCCAGGUCAGUAAGGUCCCAGGCACAUCACCACCAUCUAGUGCAUGGUGUUCAUACAGUAUAUCGUGUAUAUGGUUGCUGUAUGGGUGUGUGUCUUUGCGUGUGUGUGUGUGUGUAUGUGUUCUCACUCUGUAUGUCUGUGCCUUAGUCUGUUUGUUGCAACUUUACCAUUCCCUUGGGAUGACAGCUCCUCUCUCUCUCCCUCACUCUCUCUCUCCCUCACUCUCUCUCUCCAUCUCUCUAUCUCUCUCCCUUCCUCACUCUCUCUCUCUCUCUCUCUCUCUCUCUCUCUCUCUCUCUCUCUCUCUCUCUCUCUCUCUCUCUCUCUCACUCUCUCUCCCUAACGCUCACUCUCUCUCCCACUCUCUCUGUCUAUCUCCCUCACUCUCCCACCCACUCUCACUCUCACUCUCCAAUCUCUCUCCUUCACAUCUGCUCCUUUGGUGUGGCAGGGGGGGGAGGAAGAGGAAGACGAUGAAGCUCAGCCGAGAUCUGUCAGACCUGGUGGUGUUCACCAACUCCAUGGCCUCUCAGGAGUGCCUGGAUGAAGGUACUCCAGGGGACGUGCUGUCCUUCAGCGAGGCCCGGGCCCAGUCACUAGUCCACCACCGGGCCCCCCAGUUCCUGGCCUUCAACCAGAGGCAGCUGUCCCGCAUCUACCCCUCGGCCUAUCGCAUCGACUCCUCCAACUUCAACCCUCAGUUCUACUGGAACGUUGGCUGCCAAUUGGUCGCCCUGAACUACCAGACGGAGGGUCGCAUGAUGCAGCUGAACAGAGCCAAGUUCAUGGUGAACGGUGGCAGCGGCUACGUCCUUAAGCCGCCGCCCAUGUGCCAAGGGUCUCUCAACCCUUUCUGUGAUGACCCUCUGCCAGCGUACCCCAAGAAGCAGCUGAUGCUCAAGAUCAUCAGUGGACAGCAGCUGCCAAAGCCCCCCGAUUCCAUGCUGGGGGAUCGGGGCGAGAUCAUCGACCCGUUCGUGGAGGUGGAGAUCAUCGGCCUUCCUGCUGAUUGCUGUAAGGAGCAGACACGGGUGGUUGACGACAACGGUUUCAACCCGGUCUGGGAGGAGACCCUGUCCUUCACGCUCCACAUGGCGGAGGUGGCCCUGGUCCGGUUCCUGGUCUGGGACCACGACCCCAUCGGACGGGACUUUGUUGGGCAGCGGACUGUGGCCUUCAGCAGCCUCAUGCCUGGUUACAGACAUAUAUAUUUGGAGGGUUUGACCGAGGCUUCCAUUUUUGUACAUAUAUCAGUACACGAAAUCUACGGAAAGUGGAGCCCCCUAAUCCUGAACCCCAGCUUUACCAUAAUGCACUUUCUAGGAUCUAACAAGGGUCACCAGCUGCGGGGCAUCAGGGGCUUCUUCAGUCGCUCCUCCAAGUCCUCUGUGGAGGCCAACUCCCCCGCCGCUCUGAAGACCCGCUCCAUCAGCGACCACCUGCUGCGGCGCACGGCCAGCGCCCCCGCCAAGGGACGCAAGAAGACCAAGCUGGCCCUGACCGAGUCCAUGGCCUCCAUCUCGGACCCGAGGCCCAGCCCGGACCGGCCGGUGGGCCCAGCGGGAGAGAGUGUGCAGGGACCCGAGGGGGCGGUGGAGAAGCGGCCCCAGCUCCGUCCCUCUCUCACCCACCGGCCCAUCUCCAUGCCCCUGGACCGGCUCCUGGAGGGCCAGCUCAGCCUCUGCUCCUCAGAGAAGGGGCGCCAUCAUCUGGGCGCAGAUGCUGUCAUCGGAAUGAGUCCCUUAGACCGGCCCAGGUCUACGUCUGUGGGUCUCCUCAUCGAAUCAUCUGCCACAGAUCAACUGAGCUUCUCAACCCCUUCAAAGACAUGUACGGAUAGAAUCACUCAGCGCAGCAAAUCAGUAGACACCUCUCAUCUUGUCAUCGGCGAAGAGGAUGAAAGAAGCGGAAAGGAUUAUUCCAAAGAACAAUCACAGGAACUUCCCAAUCAACGAAAGAUGAUGGGGUGCGGGUUCACGGGGACACAGAGGAUAUGCUUGAGGUCCCCGUUUGGUGGCUCGCAGAGGAGGCGGCAGGUGACGGAGACGUCUUCGGACGGCACCACCUACACGGUAGCACCUUCCGCCCCCUCCUCUGGGACUCCCCUGAGCCCGGUGAACAUGGACCGCUCCAACAAUCUGCGAAGCCCCAACUCCCUACAGGACAGUACCCUCUCCAGGCUCAUCGACGCCGUCUCCCUAGGCAACGAGAAUGACACCCGUGGCUCCAUUUCUGCUCUGAUUGGUCAGUUUGACAACACUGUUGAUCAAAGCAAUCGUUCGACCACCUCUAAUGGGGGAGCGAAGAACGAACAUCAGAGGCUUAACGGCUUCCUCAACCUUUCUGUUCAAAAUUGUAGCACUCCGAACCAGUCCAACAUCCCUCACAAAGGGUUGCAGGACUACAUGUCUCCUCUUUGCAUGGGUUCAUCAAAUGGCCAAAUCAACAUAAAAGGUCCAAUUAGUCCUCAAAAGGCUCAAAAGUCAGACUCUCCAAACACAAGACUCUAUUCACCCCGGAAGAUCUCCCAGGCCGACCAACCUGCUCCCCCUGCUCCGGCUUCCCUCCACAGCCCCGAGACGACGGAGCAGGAGGAGGUUUACACCAUCCUGGAUGAGGAGGUGCUGUCGCCUACCUCCAUGUACAACCUGAAGAAACAGACGGUUCAUUUCCAGGCCCUGGACUCUAUGAGAAGCACUCAAACGUCAAACGGCCUGGGCUUCUCCCCAUCCAAGCUGUCCCGAGGUUUGGGGUCAGAGGGCGGCAUGGGGCGGUGUGUUGACCAAGAAUGGAGGGGAGGCCAUCCUGUGGAGGUAGAGGAAAGUGUGUAUGAAGAGGUGUAUGACCCAGCGGGUCCCAUCCUAGAGCCGGGCCGUGGGGUGGCAUGCAGCUACAACGGCUACUCUGUGGAUCGUCCCACGUCCCAGUUUUCCCGCAACACGGCUGGGUGUGCUUAUAAGGAGGUGGAGAUAAACGUGGACGAGGAUCCUCUGGAAAGGAUGCUGCCCCCGUCCCGGCAUGUCCACAUGCUCACCAGCCCGACCAAACGUCACGCUAUCUACCAGAACAACGACUCGGCUCAGUUGCACCGUUUGCCCCAGAUACAGCCUUCCUCCUCUUAUAACGCUCACCAAAGCUCGCCACACAAAUCUCAAUAUUCGCAACGUUCCUCCCCUGUGUCCAAACCUUAUUUUCAGCAGCCGCAACAAAGCCAGCUUGUUUCAAACUCCCAGCCGUCUCUUUAUCAAAGGUCGAACAAUUCUCAAAUUUUUAUGACACAGAGCCCCCUUCGCCAGAACAGCUACCCAUCUCCGCAGUGUAAACCAGAGUCCUACGUCAACAACAAAGACUUUGCAAAACAGAGAAACUACAACGGCAGCAAUGGCAUGAAUGGCUUCCAUAGGGAGACGGGCAACACAAUAGAGAGGGAGUUGGUAGGACACUUCCAGAGCAGCCCUUCUGCCUCAGAGUUUCUCCCAGCCAAGUCAGUGGUAUCUCGCGUUCUCUCCAGAGAAAGAGCCAAGUGUUCGCCCACCCCUUAUUCCGACGGGGCGCACGGCCAGCUGGAUACGGACUGCCACACGCCUGAAUCACACUACGUCAACUUCACGAGUCCAAGCCAACCGCAGACACCCAGACAAACCACCUCUCCGCGGGAAGUGUGUUCCCAUCUCAACGACGCGCAGCAGCGUCAGCCUGACGCCGCACGGCCUCCCUCAGAGCCGCGCUUAGAGCCGUUCCCAUUACUCCCCCAGUCCGGCCCAGUGAGCAGCCAGGCAUCCGGUCCCAGCAAAUCCAAAUCCCUGGGAGACCUGACAUCGGAGGACAUCUCCUGCAACUUUCAGAGUAAAUACCAUAUCAUCAGCCGCAGUUUCAUCACCCCCCACAUGAGGGACCGCAAGAGGAUCGGCACCCUGGGGCGACCCGCGCCCCCAGCACAGUCUUCCGACCCUCUUACCCAGCAGCUACGCAGGCUGUUGAACCUCGACGCCGUCGAGUGCGAAGAGUCCGUUCCCGGGACGGAGCCUCCGCAGCCGCCUCAUGCCACCCAGCGACCGCCCUCUCCGCCGCAGCCCCGGGACACGGCCGCGUCCUCCGCCCACGGCGUGGACGUGGAUGGCUCACCGCCGCCGCUCACCCGUCGGCUGUCCUCGCGCAGCCAGAGCCGCGUGCGCCACAUCAACAGCCGCGCCCGCGAGAGGCAGCAGGAGGCGCUCAAGCCGCGGUCAGAGCUGGGGGGCAAUGGCGGGAGCGGCGGCGGCGGGGUGGUGCUGCGCAGCAAACCCGUGUCGCAGACGCCGGCGGCGAACAGACACUCCACGGGCUCCUAUAUCGCCGGGUAUCUGGGGCAGCUGGAGGACAGGGGCCUGCCGGAGGGGUCGUGUGCCCCGCUGCAGCAGGGAUACGCCGACCGCUACGGGGACGGGUACUACGGUAACUACUCACACCCGAUGCCGGCGGACUCUUCCUAUGCCUCCACGGAGCCUGAGGUGUACUUCCUGCUCAGAUUGUAGCGCCAACACCUGCGGGAAUGAGAAGAAGAGGUGGACACAUACAUACUUGAAGGAAGUGCAAUUACACCGGAAAUCCUCAUCCACACACACACUUUUAGAUUUCCUUAUUCUAAAGUGUAUCCUUUGUACAAUAUAGCUGGUGGUAUGUACAGUGUGUUAUGGUUGGACCAGAAAGCAUGUACUUCCUGUAUGAGAUGACCACAGUUCAAUAAAGUGGGAGUUUUCAUGGCGCCAAUUGUCGUGGCAAUGUAGCCUAGUGUCUGUGUCCUGUUUGGUCUGUGAAAGUACUUUAAAAUGCAUUCUAGAAUACUGCACAACACUGUUCGCUCUGUUUGUGUGACGUACCGUCAGAACUGUCUGUACUGUUGAAGCAGAUUCCUUGACCCUUGUAUCUUUUGAAUGUGAAUUUAUUUCAAACAGACACUUUUACAUAAUGGGGUCUAUUUUAUCAAAGAUCUCCUUGAAGUCUUCCUUUUCAGUAUUAUUUCUAGGUAUAUACUGGCUGUGUGUAAAUAUUUCAGUUUUGUUUCCCAUGAUAGAAUCGAUUUUGCAACGGUUUCUUGUUAAGAAUGGCCUGCAAAUGUUUUAGUUUUCUGCAUGUAGACUGGACAUCUCGAGCAUGACUAUGCACAAACCUAUUCAGUUGAUGUUGCGAUGCCCGUCAAGAAUUACCUGGAACAAUGUGUGAAAUAAAGACACAGACUUGCUUGCAUUAGGUGCAAUACAGUACAUAGACUUGCUUGCCUAUAGUAUGUUCAUUUUUACGUAGGAAUCAAAAACACUGUAUUAAUCAUUGUAUUUUUAUAAUUACUUUGAUACUGACUGCAUAAAUACAUCAAUCCUUGGAAGUGGUAACUUGACAUGUCACUACACUGAGGUAUAAGUGGAUACGCAUACAGGAGACGCAGGAGUCAAAUAGAGAGUUUAAGACUGGGCUAAGCUGCAGUUUUUUGUAACAUUUUUUUCAGUGUUGGACCUAUCGUCUGUGUAUUAUUACUCAUUAGAGUACUAUGGGCAUUUCCCUACAAAUGCAAUAAAAUAUCAAAUCACUUGAUUUGAGGAAAACAA